UCCCCUUAGCAACAGAGGCAACAUGGCGGCGUCCAGUACCGUGGAGACCUCUCCGGAGAUAUUAACGCCGUUAAAGAUCCCCAAAACCGAGGUGCCAUCCCCGGAGUCGGAGGAUUUGAGUGACAGUAACCAAUACCACUCCAACCCCCCGACGCCAAACCGCUUCUCGCCUCUGAACGUGGCCUCGGGCACCGCGGGCCGGACGGCGGCCUCCUCCUCCUCCUCCAACAGCUUCACCGCUUGCCGCGGGAUGUCAUGGACCCCAUCCGAGACGAACGCGCUCAUCGCGGUGUGGGGCAACGAGAGGCUGACGGAGGCGAGAAUGCAGCAGCUGGAGGUGGCGGGCACCGUGUUCUCCGGGAAAGCCCCCGGUCCUGCCAUGUACGAGCGGGUGUCCAGAGCUUUGUCUGAGCUGGGAUACGAGAGGACCCCCUCCCAGUGCAGGGAGAGGAUGAAGACGCUGCGGCGGUGCUACAGCCGCGUGAAGGAGCACGGCAUCGGCAAGCGGAAGAGCAGCUACACUUUGGAGCAGCUGGAGAAGGUGUUCGGUCAGGGCGGCUGGGACUCCCAGAGCUGUGCCCCCGUGCUGAUCAACAGCAGCGGCCUGUAUCAGGAGAUGGAGUCCGAUAGCAGCACCCUGGAGGACUUCUCCCAGGAGGACUGGUGCAACCAGGCGCUGGACUCCGCCUUCCAGGAGGGAGACAUGGAGACCGAAGAAAUCCAGGUGCCUAAAAGCCGAGCUCUACAGAUUCAAGCAGAGCUGUCGGAGCAAAUCCAAAAAAGGGACAUGAUGCAGACCGUGAUGCGCAUCCUGGAUUCGGUGGAGCUGAAAUGGGAGCAUUUCCAAACGUGGACCGACUUCUCGCGGCUGCACCUCUCCAACAAACUGGCCAUCUUCGGCGUGGGCUACAACACACGCUGGCGCGAGGCCGUCCGGUACCACUACGCCGAAAUCAGCUCCCAGGUGCCGCUCGGCAAAAGGCUCCGCGAGUACUUCAACCCCGAGAAGCCCGAGGGCCGCAUCAUCAUGACCAAAGUUCAAAAGAUGAACUGGAAGAACGUCUACUACAAGUUCCUAGACAUCACCAUCAGCGAGGCGCGCUGCCUGGAGCUGCACAUGGAGGUGGACUGGAUCCCUGUGUCCAAGUCUAGAGAUCCAUGCUGCAGCAAUGGCACAUACCACUACCUCCUUCCAGGGGACAUCCCCAAGGCGUACGGACUCUACGCCGUCGGCUAUGAGGCGCCGUGUUCCUCCAGUGUCGCCGCUCACGCCUCUCCCCUGAGUGACGUUGAAGACCACAGCUUACCUCGGUGGGAUUCAGAACAUGGAGCUCGGCGUCUGGCUGACGGAGAGGGAGUUGGGCAGAGUGGCAGGACUGGGGCUAAAGUCACGUACUGCUACCUGGGCAUAGCUGAGGACAGGACCAUACAGCAGUGCCUCUUCCAGCACUUUCAGGGUUCCAGCAAACACCACGUCCACGGGGAGCCCUCGACGUUGACACAUUUCUUGCACGAGAACUCCCGCGGCGGCGUCGCGAGUCAGGACGGCGUCGAAUCAUUGCGACAUUUUAACAUUUACCUAAAAUUCAUUGAGGUGGAGCUGGACUUCCUCUCAGCAGGGUCCCUGGUGGAGUGCCUGGAAACCGCUGUGGGUUAUCCGUUGAAAUACAACAACAACAACAACAGAGACGCGUUUUAACCACACACGACAGCGGCGACUUGAAUUCACUGAAAGAAAGCGAAAGAAACAUGAGGCGUGACCAAGUCUGUUAUGAAGAAUGGAUCCUAGCUCAGUUAGAUCCUAUAAUGAAUUCUCAAAAAGAAUGACGACUGUGCACAAUAUGUCGGCUGUAUUGUGUAAAAACAUGGGAAUAGUAGGAUAACUAUCAAAGUAUGUACUUGUUCUUUUCAUCUUAUGUGCACUACAAACGUCUCUGCUGCUUAUUUAGUGUAAAUAAUUAUUGCUUCAUCAGGGAGUUGUGGGGUUGGAAAGGUGACUAUUGCAGUGCGCAUUUGUCUACCUCAGUAGGAUGUAGCAAAACAAGGCAGUGAGGGGACCGGAGUGUGGAAUUUAUUCUUAGACUGCCUUUAACUUCGACUGUUGAGGCCCGGACCUGAAUCCACAAGUGGUCUCAACGCCUCUCGAUAAUCUCCGUGUUCUGUGCUCAGUCCACAGAGAACUGCAUAAGCUCGCAGGUCACACUUGAACAAUACGUGCCCACGGUUUCAUUCGGAUCUAAAAUAAGGGUCCGUGUAUGAUGCAGGAGACGCAGUCUGAAGUGGUGUUUAUAACACUGGUAAACAUUUUCCUGAUGAGUUAAUGAUCCCAGUUGCUAGUUUUAGGUCUACGUUAAGCCAAUCUUGUAAAUAUGUCGCAAUUUAGAGGAGAAUAGAUUGUCCAAUAGGUGCCUGGUUGCAGGUGAAUGUGAACUUUGGUCUCAAAAACUGUCCUGGCACUGUUUAGUUGGUUUGGCAUUGCAACUGGAACUCUAUGUCUUCUUUGCAUGCACUCUAUAUGAUUUAGAGUCUAUGUGGAAGCUACAGGAAGGACAGUAUGUUGGGAUGGAAAACAAUGUGUGAUCAGGUCAGCAAAUUCCAGACCAACAUGGAGCCCUUUUUAAGUAUGAGUGGAACCGUGGGCAUGUACUGUAUGUGUGAGGCUGUAAAAGUAUAGUGAGGCUAUAAGAGUCACUUGAUGGGGUUUUUUUUGCACUUCUAACUGGGCUGCAGCUAGGAGAUGCUCCUAUGCAAAUGAGGGACAAAGUAUAAAUAAAUCAGUGUUGGCCAUUGUGGAAACGUGUUGAUCCAGCAAAGGGCAGCAACAGAAAAAUUAACACCUAUACAAGUAUACACAUAUGAGGCUUGAACUUGUGACCUGAAACACCAAAAUGGAAGUCGUCAACAUGUCGAGAUGACCUCACAAGAAAAACAGUCAACCGCUAAGGGUGGAAAAGCAGAUUUAAAAUGAAUUUGCUAUCAAUAAGAUACCAAAUUCUGCGAGUUUGUGUGUUUCACAUAAAAACAUUAACUGAAUAAGGGAAAACGGUUUAAAGGUGCCAAAGUUCAAACUGUUUUGGGCAUACAAUUCCGAAAUGUAAGCCAAUCUCUCAUGGCAUUUUUCUUUUAUAAUAAAUAUUGAUUUAUUGAGAGAGAUUUGAAAGUGACAUUUAACAUUUUGACGCACUCAAAUAUCGGCUCAAAUAUCCGUGUAGAUGGCUUGCGUUGGGCGGGCUGUUCUUCACAACGUUGCUCAGCUGAAGCACAAACAAGAAUAGACUAUUGGCUUGUGUUAAGGUUUAUUUUCAUGCAUGGGAUGUUCAUCACAUUGAGGGGAAAACUUAAGAUGCUUAUUUCCUGUGUGUUUGUGGUCCUGAGAGUUUUGCACGUGCAAACACUGAAUUUUGACUUCUGGCAUAGCAUUCGAAAAACACUGCGGGGACUUUAGAAAAUCUACUACUUUUGUGUUUGUGUAUCGUCAGCCAAAAAUCGGGAAAUAAGUGAUAAAACAUUGCAUAGUAAACCUAGUUAAGUAAGUACUGUAUGUAUCGGCGGCCAGUAUUCGGGAGCAUCUCUAGCUGCACUUGUGGGAUGUACGUGUCUGGUGAUUUCACACAUAUCAGUGUUGCAGGAUGAUGUGAUUUGGUGCACAUGUGCAGGCGUAGACGAGGCCUCUGCGGUCGCCCGCCUGUGCGUUUCACAUCAGGUUGAGAUUAUAAGCUGCAGAGGUUUGUUCACCUCUGACCAAUAAUCAAAGAAGAAUUCUUAAACUUGAUUUUCUGAGGUUAUGUGCAAUGUGCCAGGGGCGGCUGUGUCGAGAAAAAUCAAACUAUGGACGGAGAAGUCGCCGAUUAAUCUAUGUAUAUAAAAAUCUACCUUAUAUCUAUGAAGAUAUAUAUAUAUAUAUUUAAGAAUAUCACUGUUCUCGAGCAUUCCGGCUUUUGCAAUCUUUGCGGUGUUCAUUUGUUUGGUUCUUACACAGCGUAUGAAGGUUAAAUAUGAUAUUUUCUAUUUUAUUGGUUCACACAACGUCUUGUAUUCGAUCGUUUCCAAGUCACCGUCUUGUAUGUUUACAUGUUUGAGAAACAAAUAAAAAAGGGGGCUUUCACUGUCAUUUGCCACACAGUGGAGAUGGGUUU